AUGUCUCUUCAGUUUAUUAAAAUACCUCGUGUGGUUAUUAAAAAGAACAAAAGAGAAAAGAGACAGUAUAAUCAUUUAACUUUACAAGAAGAAUGUGAGGAUAUUAAAGAAGAGAGUUUGAUCAAUCAAGACAAUGAGGAGAGAUUGAUUGAUCAAGACGAUGAUCAGGAGAGAUUGAUUGAUCAAGAUGAUGAUCAGGAGAGAUUGAUUGAUCAAGAUGAUGAUCAGGAGAGAUUGAUUGAUCAAGAUGAUGAUCAGGAGAGAUUGAUUGAUCAAGACGAUGAUCAGGAGAGAUUGAUUGAUCAAGAUGAUGAUCAGGAGAGAUUGAUUGAUCAAGACGAUGAUCAGGAGAGAUUGAUUGAUCAAGAUGAUGAUCAGGAGAGAUUGAUUGAUCAAGAUGAUGAUCAGGAGAGAUUGAUUGAUCAAGACGAUGAUCAGGAGAGACUGAUCAAUCAAGACAAUGAUCAGGAGAGAUUGAUUGAUCAAGAUGAUAAUCAGGAGAGAUUGAUUGAUCAUGAUAAACAGAAAACAACCAAAUUUACUAAGGUUUGGUUUAUGAAGAAAUUAAUUUCAUUCAGAAGUGGUCUUAUAAAAGCUUUUAAAAAUCUCAAGUUCUUCUUCAAGUGA